GUCUUUCUCGCUCUCUUUUAUCUCUCUUCUCACUCCAUCUUAUCUCUCUUCUCACUCCAUCUUCUCACUCUCGCUGACGGCCAGACCCAUCUGCCAAGUCUCUGAAGGAAAGAACGAGAACCAAAAGCUGGAAAGUGCAGACUGCAGGCUCUUCUAAUUCACAAUGGUGGUGAAGGUGUAUGGCUCCAUCGACGCUUCCCCACAGCGUGUGCUGGCUUGCCUUGUAGAGAAAGAGAUCGACUUUGAGAUCAUCCGCAUUGAUCUCUUCAAGGGGGAGCACAAGGACCCUGAGUUCCUCAAAUUAGAGCCCUUUGGACAAGUUCCUGUCAUUCAAGAUGGGGACUAUACUCUGUACGAAUCGCGUGCAAUCAUGAGAUACUACGCAGAAAAAUUUAAGUCCCAGGGGACUGAGUUGCUGGGAAAGACAGUUGAGGAAAGAGGGCUUGUGGAACAAUGGCUAGAGGUUGAAGCACUAAGAUUCCACCCUCCAGUCUACAAGUUAGUCGUUCACAUUCUGCUUGCCUCAGCAUUGGGUUUUCCUUCAGAUCCCAAGAUCAUUCAAGAGAGUGAAGCAAAGCUGGGGAAGGUGUUGGACAUUUAUGAGGAGAGGCUGUCAAAGAGCAAGUACUUGGCUGGUGAUUUCUUCAGCCUUGCUGAUCGUAGCCACCUUCCGUUUAGCCAACACUUGGUGGCUGAUUUGGGGAAGGAGCAUAUGAUCAGGGACAGAAAACAUGUCUCUGCUUGGUGGGAUGAUAUCAGCAACGGGCCAUCUUGGAAAAAAGUCCUCCAGCUUGGGGUGUUUGAAUUUCCUAAACGAUUAUGAUGUGAUAUGUAUUUGAAUUUUCCCUUCUCCAAACAAAGUGUUGUUUAUGAUGUUGAUGAAUAUAAAGUCCAACGUCGGGAAUUUGACAAAAU